AUGAUUGCUGGAAGCCAGCAGCAGACCUUCAGUGGAGCGCAGUUAACCCAUAAGGACAAGCUCUGGCGAACAAGACAACAACCUCUAUGCGGAGAUCCUGAAGGCUGGGGUCCCAUAAGCCCUGUGAGAUAUGAUUUUACGCCAUGCUUUGUUGAUGUUUGGAUUGUGUUCGUGGCGACAUUGGGCACGGUAGGAGGUGCAGGAGCAAUAUGGUUCCUUCUGAAGAGACGAAGUGCGCAGCCAGUUUCUAAGGAUUGGCACUUCUACACUAAACUGAUAGUGAUCGCAUGCCUCGUCCUUACCACGGCCCUACAAGCCUCCCUUCAGAUAGAGUCCUUCCCAGAGCUAUGGGCCAAAGAUUUCCGCUUUUGGACCUCGGUGAUUACUCUUGCGUCACUUGGGAUCGUUUUUACAGUACAAUAUCUCGAGCACUGGCGGAGCCGGCAACCCAACGGUGUCGUCCUCUUGUAUUGGUUAUUUUUCGUCCUCGCCUAUGGAGUGAAGUUGAGAUCGCUCAUAUCACGCCAACUAUGGAAGACUCGAUUGCCAUACUUUGUGACAUUCAACGCCAGUCUGGGCCUUGCCAUUAUAGAAUUCGUGCUGGAGUAUUUUGUACCGAAGAAACAGAGCGCAUGGCACGCACUGAAAGAUCAGGAUGAAUGUCCCAUGGAAUAUGCCGACAUCUUCUCGAUAUUGACAUUUGGAUGGAUGACCCCGUUGAUGAAAUACGGAUAUAAGCACUUUUUGACUCAAGAUGACCUGUGGAACUUGCGCCCGAGAGACACGACCAAGGUUACUGGCGCUGCAUUACAGGAAGCAUGGACCAACGAGCUUGAAAAGAAACAUCCGUCGUUAUGGCUGGCAUUGUUUCGAGCAUUCAGUGGACCAUACUUCCGGGGCGCAUUGAUCAAGACCAUCAGUGACGCACUAGCCUUUGUACAGCCUCAGCUUCUACGACUCAUCAUCACGUUUGUGGAUUCCUAUCGCCACGGCGAUGAACCUCAACCGGCCAUACGAGGAGCUGCUAUAGCGUUGGCCAUGUUUGCGGCUUCCGUCUGUCAGACCGUUGCCCUUCAUCAGUAUUUCCAACGGGCAUUCGAGACAGGGAUGAGAGUCAAGUCCUCCCUUACCGCGAUGAUAUACUCAAAAGCACUCAAGCUCUCCAACGAAGGUCGUGCUUCGAAAUCUACUGGUGACAUUGUCAAUCACAUGGCCGUAGACCAACAACGUUUGGCUGAUCUUACACAGUACGGUCAGCAAAUAUGGUCAGCUCCCUUCCAGAUUGUGUUGUGCAUGAUAUCUCUGUAUCAAUUGGUGGGACUUUCGAUGCUGGCAGGCGUAGCAGCCAUGAUAGUCAUGAUCCCACUGAAUGGCAUUAUUGCUAGAAUCAUGAAGAAACUCCAAAUCGUCCAGAUGAGGAACAAGGACCAGAGGACCAGGCUCAUGACCGAAAUACUGAACAACAUGAAAAGCAUCAAACUUUACGCGUGGACUUCAGCAUUCAUGGAGAAUCUAAGCCAUAUUCGAAACGACUUGGAGCUCAACACUCUUCGAAAAAUAGGAGCAGCACAAUCUUUUGCCAAUUUCACUUGGUCCACAACACCCUUCUUUGUCUCCUGCUCGACGUUUGCUGUAUUCGUCUUGACCACUAAUCAACCUUUGACUACAGACAUUGUCUUCCCUGCAUUAACUUUGUUCAACUUGCUCACCUUCCCCCUUUCGGUCCUGCCUAUGGUAAUCACAUCCAUUAUCGAGGCCACAGUGGCUGUGAAUCGUCUCACGACUUAUUUUGCUGCGGCGGAGCUGCAGGACGAUGCUGUGCGUGUUGAAGACCCAGUCACAGAGAUAGGAGAAGAAUCGGUGCGAAUACGCGAUGCAACCUUCACAUGGAACAAGGAAGAAGGCAGAGACGUGCUCUGCAAUAUCAACUUUGCAGCUCAUAAAGGUGAGCUCAGCUGUCUGGUAGGGCGGGUUGGCACUGGUAAAUCUUCGUUCCUACAAAGUAUACUCGGUGACCUUUGGAAGAUGCACGGAGAAGUGGUCGUGCGAGGGCGAAUGGCCUAUGUUGCUCAGCAGCCCUGGGUAAUGAACGCAAGCGUUAAGGAAAAUAUAGUUUUCGGUCAUCGCUGGGAUCCUUACUUCUAUAAUCAAACGAUAGAUGCAUGUGCGUUGCGUGAUGACUUCCUGACCCUCCCUGAUGGAGACUCGACCGAGGUGGGAGAACGUGGCAUUUCGUUAUCAGGAGGUCAAAAAGCGAGGCUGACACUGGCUCGGGCAGUCUACGCAAGGGCCGACGUAUAUUUGCUAGACGAUGUCCUAUCUGCCGUGGACCAGCACGUUGGAAGACAUCUCAUCAAUCGUGUUUUAGGUCCCAAUGGUCUGCUCAGCGGCAAGACGAGGAUUCUUGCAACAAACUCUAUCAAUGUUCUCCGAGAAGCCGACUUCAUAUGCCUCCUGCGCGACCAGCGCAUUCUUGAGAAAGGUACCUAUGACCAAUUGAUGGCAAUGAAGGGCGAAAUUGCCAAUCUCAUCAAAACAUCAUCGAGCGAGGAGGAAGGGUCGAGUAGUCCAAGCAGCGCCAGUAAACUCAGCGACUACACUGACGAGUCAGUGACCAUAAUCGAGAACGGCGCCGGCUACGACGAAGAAGCAGAAGAGGCUCAGGCAACAAUCGGAAGUCUUGAAGCCAUCCGACCAGGGGCGGUGACUGCUCGCAAAUCAAGCUUUGUUACCCUCAGACGUGCUAGCACUGCGAGCUUCCACGGUCCUAGAGGCAAAGUUACCGAUGAAGAAGCCGGUGGUAUUAAGAGCAAGCAGAGCAAAGAAACCUCAGAACAAGGCAAGGUGAAAUGGAGCGUAUACGGCGAAUAUGCAAAGACAAGCAACCUUUACGCGGUAGCCAUCUAUUUGCUUUGCCUUGUGGCCGCGCAGACCGCUCAAAUUGGAGGCAGUUUUUGGUUGAAGCGAUGGUCAGAGACUAACGAGCAAAUGGGAGGCAAUCCUCAGGUUGGAAAAUAUCUUGGAGUAUAUUUUGCCUUCGGAAUUGGAUCUGCAGCAUUGGUCGUCCUCCAAACUUUGAUCCUUUGGAUAUUUUGUUCAAUCGAGGCUUCGCGGAAGUUGCACGAGAGAAUGGCCUUCGCCAUAUUCCGAUCACCAAUGAGCUUUUUCGAGACAACCCCUGCGGGCCGUAUACUCAAUCGAUUUUCCAGUGAUAUUUACCGUGUUGAUGAAGUUCUGGCUCGGACGUUUAACAUGCUUUUCGUCAAUACAGCUAGGGCAGGGUUCACGCUGGCUGUCAUAGCAGCGGCCACUCCAAUUUUCCUGGUGCUGGUCCUUCCAUUGGGGGCCAUUUAUCUCGCCUAUCAAAAGUACUACCUUCGGACUUCACGUGAGCUGAAACGGUUGGACAGCGUCAGCCGUAGUCCCAUCUAUGCACACUUCCAAGAGUCAUUGGGUGGUGUCACAACCAUCCGAGCCUAUAGGCAGCAGGCAAGAUUUGCGUUGGAGAACGAGUGGCGCAUGGAUGCCAACCUCCGGGCCUAUUUCCCAUCGAUCAAUGCCAACAGAUGGCUGGCCGUCCGUUUGGAAUUUAUAGGCUCGGUGAUCAUCCUUGCCGCUGCCUCUUUUGCCAUUAUAUCUGUCGCCUCCGGAAGCGGCCUUUCAGCCGGUUUUGUGGGCCUGUCACUGUCGUAUGCACUACAAAUAACGCAGUCCCUGAAUUGGAUUGUUCGCCAAACCGUUGAGGUGGAGACAAACAUCGUUUCGGUGGAACGGGUUCUGGAAUACGCCAAUCUGCCAAGUGAGGCGCCUGACGUGAUCUUCAAGAAUAGGCCGAACAUCGGCUGGCCUGCGUAUGGCGCUGUGCAAUUCAACAAUUAUAGCACCAGGUAUCGUGAAGGCCUGGACCUGGUGCUGAAAGACAUCUGCUUAGACAUCAAAGCGCACGAAAAAGUAGGGGUUGUUGGCAGAACAGGUGCCGGCAAAAGCUCACUUACAUUGGCACUUUUCCGAAUAAUCGAGCCGGUGUCAGGCAACAUAACAAUUGAUGGUCUUAACAUCUCUUCGAUCGGGCUGCUAGAUCUGCGGCGGAGGUUGGCGAUAAUACCACAAGAUGCCGCACUCUUCCAAGGCACUAUUCGAGACAAUCUCGAUCCUCGUCACGUGCAUGAUGACACUGAGCUGUGGAGUGUUUUGGGGCAUGCUCGGUUGAAAGAUCAUAUCUCGGCAAUGCCUGGUGGCCUUGAUGCUAUUGUUCACGAAGGAGGCUCUAACCUCAGCCAAGGACAACGGCAAUUGGUCUCAAUAGCGCGGGCACUCCUGACGCCAAGCAACAUUCUGGUGCUCGAUGAAGCUACAGCAGCAGUUGAUGUGGAGACAGACUCUCUGCUUCAGAGCACCCUGCGCAGCAGUAUGUUUCAGGACCGAACCAUCAUCACCAUUGCACAUCGAAUCAACACAAUCCUAGACAGUGACAAGAUCGUCGUGCUGCAGCAGGGCAGAGUAGCUGAAUUUGACACCCCCAGCGAACUUAUUCGAGGAAAAGGGCUUUUCUACGAACUUGUCAAGGAAGCAGGGUUGCUUGACAGCAGCGGACCAUUGCAUUAG